GAUUAUUUAUAUAAAAUGGAAGCUAAUAAUAAAAAGAGAAAGAUGUCAAUAAAGCGGACAGAAAGUCAAAUUAGUAACCACUCUGUAAAAUGGAAAGAUCCAGUCUUGAGUCCAACAUUCCAUGACGUGCAGAUCGAGCAGGUUCAUAUAGUUGAACCAUCAACUGGUAUUGUUACUUUUAAUGAAGCACAAUCAAUUGAUCGACAUUCAGCAGGAGAUAGAAGUAGUGCUGGAUUAAAAAUGGUUGCUCCUCCACCGAGUGAAGAAGGUUCUCUGGGAACAAACAGUGAUGAUCGCCAAGUAUUUCGUGACAAUUAUCUUUAUGAUCCAAAUAAAAGAGUACCUAGUGGGUUGAUAAAAAUUGUUGAAGGAAAAAGACCAAUGACAGAUUCAUCCAUUAGAUGGGCCAAUCCUGAACACCCUUCUACCGUACCUCUUGUCAAUCUUCCGCUGGAACCUUUAGGCACAGCUAUACCAAGAGAUCGGUCCGUCCAUACACGACAACAAAGUAGACAACAAUCAUCGGCAGCUGAGCAAAGACAUCGACAAAAAAUUGCCAUUAUUCGACAUAUGCAACGAUUACAAACUGGCGAAAGUCCUCAACAAAGAAGAUUAGUGAGUGGUGGAACGAAAAAACGACAGAGAGAAAGAUAUUAUGAGGUUGCUCCUGGAGUCAUACUAACUGAACUACCACCUGAUGAACAUCCUCAAACUGCUCCUAGUAAUGAAUAUGGAUAUGGUCUAAAUGAGGAAAUCAUUGAUGAAUUAUACAAUGGCAGAGCAAAAACUGUACCACAUGUAACAAAGUCUAUUAUAUGGACAGCAAAAAAUAGAAUAGCAAGCAGUCGAGCUGUGAGCAGUAAUUCAUCGAGGUGGAGAAAUAAUGAACUAAUGGACAUGGAAUCAAAUAGAAAAGCAAAUGUCUUUAUUAAAAUGCCAUUCAAGCAAUCUCCAUUUAUUACUAUGAACCCGGAAAAACAAGAAAUGAUUGAUGAUAUUGUACGGCCAGGUUAUGAAUUGAGAUUAACCACAGCUUUCACAAUAUCAAGAGUAAAGAGAGGAUUGAAGUUAAUGAAUGAUCCCAUUAAUAUAGAGAAUAAUAAAGCUGGGAAAUUAUUAAAGGGACGAUUAAAGCCACUCUGUCCUGUCAAGUUACCAGGCCCAACAAUCAGAAAAUGUCAAGGAAUUCAACCUGAAGCUCAUGUGCAAAAGAAGAGUGAAGGAUACACCCCAAGUCCAAGUAGACAGAGACAAUUGAAAGAUCGAUUAAAUAAGGCAUAUGAAGAACAUAGAUCAAGAAAAGCUGAAUAUGAAAGAAGAAUGAUAAGAGCUCAAUCUGCUACAUCUAGAGAAUCUGUUCACAGGACAUCACCUGAACCAUCGGAAUAUGCAAACAUCUUAGAUCAAGACAUAAUCUUGAAUGAAAGAACAGGAUUGGAUGAAAAUUAUUCUGUGAACGACAAUAUGAUGUCUGUAUCGAAUCAACUUGAUUCUAUGCAUAUUGAGAGUGGAGUUAUAUUUUAACGAAGGAAAAGAUUGUGCAAAAUAGUUAUACCAUGACACUGUGAGCAAGCUAUGUUAUUUCAAAACGAUACAAACCUUUAAGCGACACUCGUAAUUGAGGUGAAGCAUUUCCUCUUUCUUAUUUCUAACAUUAUAAUUUCCCAAUGAUGCAAAUGAGCUAGUCAAUCUGAGAAUAUUACCUAGUUAAAUUUCACUGUUGUAUAGUCACCACAACUUUAAUGUGCUUCAAUUUUCAUAAAUUGUUUUUUCCUUUUUUUAAAUUACCAUAUACGUGAUCUAAUUAAAAUUCUAAUUAGGUCAAUUUAGAUUAAUAUAGACUUAAGAAUGAGUUUACCGAAAUAUUCAUCAAUAUUUUCAUAUAUUUUGAAUAUUUAAAUUUCGCAAACUACUUCCCCAAUAGUAAAAUAUUUUUUUAAAUGCCAUGAAUUUAUAUAUACCUCAAUGUGUGUUUAUAAUGAUAUAUUUAGGUUUGAGUGCUGUUUUUCUUGUGUGUGCCUUUCAGAUUCUUUCUAUAUUUAUAACUCAUGCCAUAUUGUCACUGAUUAGUUCACUUUGAAUGUUUUUUCUGCUGUGUUACCAAGCCAUAUGAUUUUUAUUAUUAUUACUUUUCUUGCCUUAUGUCACUUACUUUAUAACCUGGAACCAAAAAACGUAAAGAAAGGACCAUUGGAGAUUUGUAGUCCAUAAAAUUAGUAGUAAAUUCUUCUGGCAAAUUAAUUAAUGUACGUACUGGUAAUCAUUAUUUGAGCUAUCUAUUAUUGCAGUGUAUACCAAUGUCUA